AUGACUGCGUCAUUUAAAAAAAAAAACAUUUCCUUCCUUCAUUUAGCGAGUACACCAAGGUGCAAAAUUUACCCCAGCCUACAGGCAAGCGAGUACAUCAAAAUCUACCUCAGCCUACAGCCAAGCGAGUACACCAAGAUCUACCUCAGCCUACAGCCAAGCGAGUACACCAAGAUCUACCUCAGCCUACAACCAAGCGACUACACCAAGAUCUACCUCAGCCUACACCCAAGCGACUACACCAAGAUCUACCUCAGCCUACAGCCAAGCGACUACACCAAGAUCUACCUCAGCCUACACCCAAGCGAGUACAUCAAGAUCUACCUCAGCCUACAGCCAAGCGAGUACACCAAGAUCUACCUCAGCCUACAACCAAGCGAGUACACCAAGAUCUACCUCAGCCUACAACCAAGCGACUACACCAAGAUCUACCUCAGCCUACACCCAAGCGAGUACAUCAAGAUCUACCUCAGCCUACAGCCAAGCGAGUACACCAAGAUCUACCUCAGCCUACAACCAAGCGACUACACCAAGAUCUACCUCAGCCUACAGCCAAGCGAGUACACCAAGAUCUACCUCAGACUACAACCAAGCGACUACAUCCAGAUUUACCUCAGCCUACAGCCAAGCGAGUACAUCAAGAUCUACCUCAGCCUACAACCAAGUGAGUACAUCAAGAUUUACCUCAGCCUACAACCAAGCGAGUACAUCAAGAUCUACCUUUGCCUACAGCCAAGCGAGUACAUCAAGAGUUACCUAACCUUUACAGCCAAACAAGUACAAUGACAAUCUACCUGACUCCACAGCGAAGUACAGCCAAGAACAACUAAAUUAAGUAUAAUUGAACGAGCACAGUCUUGCGAAAAAGAACUUUUUCUAAUCACAAUUUGACAGAAAUAGAACUUACAGAGCAGAUGGACCAACAGACGUGCGUCAAUAUUCGUGUCAACGAAAACGAAAAUUCGGACGACUAGCUUAUCACGGAAUUCUACAAAAUGGAACUUCGCAAGCGACAAGGUCUGUCAUAACGGUAAAAGAAAUUGUGAAUGUCAUGCAAAUCCAUGUUCAUUACAAAUGUUCUGUUUAAAACUUGCAUCUCGUUUGUCAAAUCCAGCUCUCUCUCUCUCUCUCUG